AUGUCGUAUUUAAAGCAGCGAGAUGGCUAUCAUACUUUACGGUACCUUACUUUACGGUACCAUACUUUACGGUACCAUACUUUACGGUACCAUACUUUACGGUACCAUACUUUACGGUACCAUACUUUACGGUACCAUACUUUACGGUACCAUACUUUACGUUUACGGUAUUAUACUUUACGGUACCAUACUUUACGGUACCAUAGUUUACGGUAUCACACUUAACGGUUCCAAACCUUACGCUCUGAGCCGUGA